AUGCUCCCUCUCAAUCAUGUAAUCAAUUCGCCAACUCUAUCACCACAACAUAUUGUAGCAACUUCAUCUAUUUAUCGUCAGUUAACCAGCGAUAAACAAAAACAACAACAAAAACGACAAAAACGCCCAACAACCACUACUAACACUACUAUUACGACUGCUACACUUUUCUCAGUGCACAUUACAAACAUAACUUCUUCUCUUUUUUCUUCCAUUUCAUCAACUCAGCAGCAACAACUUUCAUUCGAGGAUCCCUAUUCGGCUAAAACAGGAAUCAAGACAGCAGCUCUACUCGGCGGCAUGUUAUUCCUGGUUAUAUUUUAUUUAAUUUGGAAAGCUCGUGGUCGUUUAUGUCGUUCUUCAUCAGAUGAAGUUGGUAAUUCACGUUUGUCAGCAGCUAAAUUUGAUCUAGCUUAUUGGCUUAAACAAGUCGAUUUACUUGAAGCAAAAGAACUUGAACGUCAUCGUGGUGGUCAAUCUCUUUAUCUUGAAUUACCAAAUAUAGAACCACGUAAUAAUCGUGAAGCAACAGCAUUAUGGAUUGCUGAUACUUAUCGUCAUUGGCGUCUUAUUCGAUAUCGACAACAACAACAAAUUUUUCGAAAAAAUACAAAUCAACAACCAGAAAUAAAUUUUAUCCCAUAUCGAAGACGACGUUAUCGAAUACAUCGUUUUCUACGACGAUUUUUUAAAUCAAAUCGUCAACAUCCAUUAAUUUUAUUCGAACAUCCACAAUCAUUGAUUAAUGAUAUGAGACUUAGUAUAGUAAGCAAUAAUUUUAUCCCAUCAUCAUUUACACCUAACUUACCAAUUCGACGAACAUGUUCAUGGCCUGUACUUAAAUCCAAUCAUCAUCAAUCAGGUGUUCCAAUGAGUGCUCUUCAAACACAUCUGGCUAGAAAACGUCUUCUCAAACGAACAUCAAGAACUACAUUUGAUAUAUAG